GCCGAGAGGGCGUGGCUGCAGGACAGCCUGGAGGACGUCCAGGCGGAGAUUCGAGAGCGAGGCAUCGAGAACAACGCGGCCGUCAAAAUAGCAACCCUGGUGGGCGAGACGAUGCCACGCGUGUUCAGGGGGGAGACCACCAUGCUCGAGCAUCUUUGCACAUCGGGUCUGCUGGACGAGUACUAUGCCAAUGGUCCCUUUCAGUCCGGCGACGGCCUCAUCUUCGGCACCCUACCAGGAUGGUGGCUCGGUGCGGACGAGGGUCGCACUCUGUCUCCCUUUGUGAGCGCGUCGCAGUGGGAUACGAUUCUUAUGCGGGGCCGACCGGGGCCGGGGUGGGGCCAGAUCCCGAUCUGGGCCGGGCCGGCGUCCUGCCGGCUUUUCGCCGAGGCCAUCGAGGCAGGCCAGCCAGACUCCCCCCACGGCCCCGAGUUCACGCUGGGACUGCGAGAGAUCCCCCAGGACGCCGCCAAAAUGCCAAAGUGGGCUCCCGGUCCCAAGUUCUCUCACUUUAACAGAUGCGCGCGCUGUGAUAUCACGGUUGCCCCAACCUGCCGUCGUGUCAAGAUCUAUGGGGCGCACCAAGGCGUAAAUGGCACCGGCCCGACGACAGAAUGGGGAAACUGA